UAGUAGUGGAACUGUUGCAUGAGUCAAAGGUCUUUCAAGUCUCCUGUUGAUCUUUCUCCUUUGUUAAUAAUGACUUGGAUUAUGUGCAUGCAUAAUAUUGCCUACUGAAGUUUGUCAGUUCAAUUCUUGAAACCAAAUGCAAGCCACAAUGUUUGUCUAUCUUCCUUCUAUUCUGUACUUGUCUUUCUUUUUACAUUUGGUGCUUUCCCAAUUGCCCCCAAAUCAAAUUAAUGCCAUGACAAAGGUCUAUGAUCUGCUUCAGAAUGAUACUGGUUCUUCUUUUGCAUGGAAUGGGAUUGAUAGAAACUCAAUCCCAUGUUCUUGGAAAGGGAUUUCUUGCAAUUCUAACAAUUCUUCCCUUACCAAAGUUACCUUUUCAUUGUUCACUAUUUCUAGCUCUGAAUUCUUGCCUGUUAUUUGUCAAAUUGAUACUUUGGAGUCUAUUGAUGUUUCCCAAAACUUUUUGAGCUCUAUCCCAAAUGAGUUCAUCACUGUUUGUGGGGGAAUUAGUGGGUUGAAAUUGUUGAACUUUAGUGGGAAUAAAUUGGAGGGUUUUUUGCCUACUUUCACUGGUUUUGGAAAGUUGGAGUCUUUAGACUUUUCUUUUAAUCGCUUGAAGGGGAAAGUUGACUUGCAGUUGGAUGGAUUGAAUUCACUCAAGAGUUUGCACCUUAGCUCUAACAUGUUUAAUGGGUCAGUUCCUACCAGUCUUGGAAAAUUUAAUCUUCUGGAGGAGCUUCAUCUUUCUGCAAAUUCUUUUGAAGGUGAAUUCCCCACUCAAAUUGUGAACUUUGGUAACUUAACUUUGAUUGACCUAUCUCUAAACUUCCUAUCUGGUGUAAUUCCUGAUAGAUUAGGUGAACUUUCAAAAUUGCAAGUCUUGAUUUUGUCAACCAAUAGAUUGAGUGGCACAAUCCCACAAUCCCUUAGGAAUAUCACAACGCUGACACGUUUUGCUGCGAAUCAGAAUUUUUUUGUUGGAAAUAUACCCUUUGGUAUAACCACAUAUCUGAGGAAUUUGGACCUCAGUUUUAACAGAUUAAAUGGUACAAUUCCUCAGGACCUCUUAUUCCCAAUGAACUUGCAGUUUGUUGAUCUCACUUCCAAUAAUUUAGAGGGACCUGUUCCUUCAAACAUGUCGAUAAGUUUGAUCAGGUUGAGAUGGGGGCAAAAUGCUUUGAAUGGAUCAUUUCCAUCUGCUUCCUUUGAAAGCCUUCAAAGUUUGACCUACUUGGAACUGGACAACAACCAGUUAACUGGACCAAUUCCUUCUGAAUUGGGGAAGUGCCAAAAGUUGGCCCUUUUGAACUUAGCCCAGAAUAAGCUGAGUGGUGUUAUUCCUGUUGAGUUGGGUGAUAUUUCUAAUCUUCAGGUACUGAGUCUUCAGUCCAAUAACCUAGUUGGAGAAAUUCCAAGUAACAUUUCACAGUUGAACAGAUUGCAGAGGCUCAAUUUCAGCUGGAAUUUGUUGACUGGUUCCAUUCCAAGUUGGUUAUCAAGUUUGAGAAAUCUCACAAACUUGAAUUUGCAGGCGAAUAAUCUAAGUGGUCGAAUUCCGGUUGACAUUAGUAACUUAAAUGUGCUGUUAGAACUCCAACUUGGAGGGAACCAACUCGGUGGACCUAUUCCUGAUAUGCCUUUGAGUUUACAGAUUGCUUUGAAUCUGAGUCACAAUCUUUUUCAAGGACCUAUGCCAAGUAGUUUUUCGAGAUUGACUUCAUUGGAAGUUUUGGAUCUCUCUUACAACAGGUUCUCGGGUCAGAUUCCAGACUACCUGACGGGAAUGAGAGGCUUGACUAGGUUGGUGCUUUCAAACAAUCAACUGUCUGGAGUUGUUCCAGAGUUUGAAAGCUUUGUCAGUGUUGAGACAGGUGGAAAUGGGGAUCUGAUCUAUCCUUCCGCAGUUGCAAAAUUGGAAUACAAUGACAAAAAGGGCAAGACAUUGUCAUCAACCAUAGUCCUCCUCCUCUUUGUUUUAGGUGGCUUUGGUUUUGGUAUAUUUGCAAAAUUUUGUAUACAGUACGUUGUUUCAAAUAGCCUGCACCGAACUAAGGUUUGUUGGAUCACUGACGAUAGCCUCCACAAGUCUCAAAUUACACUGUCCAAGACCAUGGCUGCAGUUUGUAGGCCAAUUAACAUUAUGCAAAGCAAUGAGUUCUACACUUACUACAAGGUUAUAAUGCCUUGUGGUAUGUACUAUUGCAUCAAGAAGAUUACGAAGAAGAGCAAGUCGUUUAACUUGCAUAGCUUUGAAAGUUUCAAACAAGGGCUUGUUAAUAUAUGCCACCUUAGCAAUUACACCAUGGUCCCCCUUGCUUAUGCUGUGGAGUCUGAUAAUGCAUUUAUCUUUUAUGAAUACCCUCAACAUGGAACACUCUAUGACCUCCUUCAUGGAAGAUGUGAUGACAAUGUUGUAGACUGGAGAAGUCGCUUCGCCAUAGCUGUUGGCAUUUGUAGAGGUUUGGCUAUCUUACAUGGAGGCUCUCUCUUCAGCGAUCAGAUCCUCCUCCUCCAUGUUUCAUCAAGCAGCAUCUUUAUGAAACAUUUGAACCAGCCCGUAAUUGGAGAUAUUGAGCUAGGGAGGGCAUUUAAUUCUUCACAAUUUUCUGUAGCAGUGGGAUAUGUUCCUCCAGAAUAUGCUUCUGUGAUGAAAGUGACUGAGGCUGGUAAUAUGUAUAGCUUUGGGGUAAUAAUGCUUGAGCUGCUAACUGGGAAACCAGCAAUUAGUGAAGGAACAGAGUUGGCUAAGUGGAUAAUUCAGCAUGAAGAUUUGGGUGAAGUUGUUGACAGCAGAGUGAGUGGAAAUUCGGUUCAAGUUCAUCAACAAAUGCUUCUAGUGCUUGAAAUUGCUCUGCAAUGCUUAAGAGUCUCUCCAAAUGAAAGACCUGAUGCCAAAGAAUUACUAGAGACUUUGCUAACUUUGGGCCAACAGUUUGGUAUUUAAUCACACAUCGUAUAGUACCAUUAUAUUUCUACCUCAUGUUAUGUUGCUCAGACUCUUAAAAAAGAUGAUGUCGGUUGCGUGUUGUAUCCCCCAAAGGUAGUGCAUUUUGGGAUGAUCCGACACCGGUGCAACAACAUUUUUGGCUAGUCUGAAAAGCUUAGACCUCAAUGUCCUUAUUAUGUAGUUUAAGAUUUUUGCACCUCUUAAGAAAGAUAAUUAAUAGUGUCAA